CCGCCGGCAGCUCCGCGGCCUCCAGCGCCUCCGCCUCCUCCCCCUCCUGGUUCUGCUCCUCCUGCCCCCGGCUGUGGCGCCCGCACCCCGGCUGUAUGAUCAGGCUACAGUCUUCAAUGAGUAACCAUAUUCCUCAGUUCUGUGGUGUUCUUGGUCACACAUUUAUGGAGUUUCUGAAGGGCAGUGGAGACUACUGCCAGGCACAGCACGACCUCUAUGCAGACAAGUGAACUGUAGAAAUUCAUUACUACUCCACCAAGAAGCCCCCCUAAGA